AUGGGUGUGGACAGUCUAGGUGAUCCAUCUACUGCGGUCUCUUACAUCCUGAGAAUACUGCCUGAAAAUGGGGUAUUAUUACGCAUCAUUCCCAUGUUUCAACUCACAACAUGGCUGUGCAUAACAUUCAUCCAGACUUCUCUUACUCUGAAACGAGCCCAACCAUCAGUUUUCCAGAGAAAGCCUUUUAGAGCUGCCUGGAAUGCACCGACAGACCUGUGCUCCCUGAGACACAACGUAAUACUGAACCUGAAAAUGUUCCAUACAAUUGGAAGCCCAUCAGCUAAAGCAAGAGGGCAGAAUAUGACCAUAUUUUAUUUUAAUAGUUUUGGCUAUUAUCCUUGGUACACAUCACAGGAAAUCCCUGCUAAUGGCAGCCUACUCCAGAACUUCAGUUUGCAAACUCAUCUGGAAAAAGCUGGCCAUGACAUAAACCAUUACAUCCCUGCUUAGGACUUCAGUGGAUUAGCUGUCAUAAACUGGCAGUACUGGAGGCCUCGGUGGGCUCACAACUGGGACAUGAAAGAUGUUUACAGAAGAAAGUCCAGGAAACUUAUUUCUGAAUUGCAAGGGAAUAUUUCAGCAAAUGAUGUUGAGCAUUUAGCCAUACUUUCCUUUGAAGAAAGUGCAAAAGCUUUUAUGAAGGAAACAAUUGCAUUAGGAAUGAAAAGCAGACCAAAGGGCCUGUGGGAAUACUAUUUAUACCCCGACUGUCACAAUUACAAUUUCCAUGAUCAGAACUACAGAGGUCCUGACCCAAAAGUUUAGAGGAACAAUGAACUUUCCUGGCUCUGGAAUAGCAGUGCAGCCCUGUAUCCUUCCACUGGCAUUAAGAAAUCCCAGAAAAAUCAAAACAUUUUACACUUUUGUCAGUUUAGAGUGAAUCCAAGGAAAUCCAUAAGGAUUUCCUCCGUGACGUCUCAAGAUUAUGCUUUGUCUGCAUUUGUAUACACUUGACUAGGUUUUAGAGAUGAAUCUUUAUUAUUUCUGUCUAUGCUUGAAGGCAUGUUCCUGUUCUUGGCUGAAGACCUGCCUUUGGGCCUAUUUGUGCCUCGUGAAGCAAUGCGCAUGUUGGAAGUUGCAGAGGAGAAGGAAGUUGGAGAAGAUCCCAGCACAAGCGACCUGAGUGGGUGUCAGAGAGUACACGCUGUAACAAGUGAAAGUGGGCAUAAGUGGUGUACCACAGACUGCACUGUUUGUCACCUACUGAGGGAGUGGAGGAACUGGAUUCUCGCCAGCCGGUAUAAAGGUAAUGUUCCUUUGAGAACAGGUAGUUCUGGUAGUUCUCUCCUACAGAACCUUGUAAGCAGCAGAUCUCGUCAGAAUCAGGCGAAAGUCUUGGUUCAAGAGUUCAUUGAUUCCAAUGUUCCUCUACUACAGGUUGUAAUUGAAUUUUACACUAUCUUCAUGAUGAAGUAUGGACAGAAGUCAGAAGAUGAGUGUCAGGAAGCAGUGAGGGCAGGCCGCUCCACAAAGGAUGGGGAGUCAGGACCCAAGGCUGACCCUAAUGCAGGCUAUGCCCUCACUGAUGAGGGCAGUUCCAUGGAGUCUGGACACAGUGGGUAG